AUGUCCUCACAACAAAACGGUACCCCAAAAAUCGAAGCAGAAGCCCAAGAUCUCAAUUCUGGAAUUCAAUCACAAACCAAAAUUUGGAGAACCAGAAUUCCGGAACCUCUGCCACUGGAAAAAUAUCCAGUUUUCCGCCUCCCUGCCGUCCUUGAGGAGGUUAUCAAGAAAGACUUCUUGGACCGCCAGAAUAACUUCAAUUCUGAAUUGCCAGUCGAGUUCAAAUCCAUUACGGAUAUAAUCACAACCUUCAAAUUGGAGUUCGAAGAUUACGAUUCGAAAGUUAUGGAAUCCAACGAAUACUCCAAUAGGAGAAACAAAGAAGAACGUCAAAAAAGAGUGCCUAAUCUAAUUUUUCUGAUCAGUCUUGUGAGAUCAUCCUUCUGUUUCUAUGAUGCUGGUGUUUUAGAUCUUCAAUUCUUCAAAAGUCUGAUGAAGUUUUUCGGGAAGCGGCACGGAAACAUCAAAAUUGAGUAUGGAGAUGUAACAGAAGAAAAGAACCACUCAAUGGUCACGUCAUCAACUUUCAUUUUUGCUAAUAAUAUCGAAUUUCGUAAAUUGAACACUCAUUUGAAAUCCAUUUUCCAAAAAUGCCACGAGUCCACCCAAAUUGUGAGCACGGAACCAUUUUUCGCAACGAGAAAUGUUAAAUUUGACACGCGUGUCAACAAAAAAGAUGAAUUGUUCAAGAUUUGCAAAGUCAGAAGUGUGAAAGAGAAGCAGCUGGAAGUCGUCGAGGAGAACACGGGCUGGAAAACCGAAAGUACGAAGCUCUACUUAAUCACAAUAGAAGGAAAAGUCACGUUGAAGGAAAAGGAGCCGGUCGAAGAAAUGGAAUUCGAGGAGACCCCAAGUGAAAAUAUCAGGGACAAUGGACGUGUCAAAUUCAAAGCUCAAAAGGUUCAGAAGACGAGAAGAAAUCCCACUCAAAAGCCGGCCGAACUUCGCAAACCCGCGUGCGGAACAAUGGUUCCCUGCCAAAACGAGUGCUGCACCAGAAAAAUCAAAUUUUCUAGAAAAGCGGGCAGGUAUCAGUUCGUUCUCCACGCAUUCAUUCACUCGAAAAACCAAUUUGAUGCAUUUUGGGAUUGUAAUGUAUGCGGUUUCCGGUGUGGAUCAUUCCAAAGGAAUCGAAAUCACUAUACCGAUCAUCACCCUGGCACCACCCGCACUGGACAUGAUAUCACACGCUUACUUCAGACGUAUCCCAAUUUCAAAAAACAUUUCGCGGCAUGUUUUGGAGACCACAUCGAACUAUAA